AUGUUCGAGGAGGCAAACGUGCCGGGCCUUCGCAAGAUGACAGUAGUCACUGCUAACGGGCCUGCAUCCGCCGCGGCGGCCAGAGCCGCAACGAUCAGCGAUGUGAAAGAAGGUAUGGACCAGCUGAACGCUGCAGUACAGGGCUUUUCUGCCAGCGACGAUGGUGUUGGGGAUGCGGUGGACAAGGCCCAGCGCCAGCAGAUCAUCGAGGCCGCGCAGAAGGUCCUGAACGCCGUCAAGAGGCCUGACGAUGUCUGGGUGGACUCAAACAUGGACAUCGCUCGCCUCGCUGCCGCCCAGCUCUUCUACAAGUGGGGGGGUUUUGAGGCCGUUCCGGUCGAGGGCAGUAUUUCGUAUCAGGACCUGGCGGUUGCGACCAAGUCAGAGGAGGCGCUUCUGAGACGCGUCGGCGGAGUGCUUGUGUCCCAGGGCUUUUUGAAGCAGACGGGGCAAGAUGACAUUUCGCACACACAAAAGUCGCUCGGGUACAGGAGCGAAAACGCAGGCAGCCACGUCUUCAACAUGAGCUGGACAAACGCCUUCGUCCCAUAUGCCAAGAUGCCCGAGUACUUCGAGCAGUACGGGCGCAAGGAGCCGCAGACGACCAACCACGUGCCGAUGAGCUUCGCGUACGGCAAGCCGGGCCUGUCCUUCUACGAGCUGCUGGCCGAGGACGAGGCGUGGGUGGGCAGCUUCCUCAAGGGCAUGGCGCACGUCGAGUCGCGGAUGCCCGUGACGGCCGGGAUCUACGACUUCUCGUGGCUGGUGGCCGAGGCGAGGGCGCGCCCCGACUCGGGCAGGGCUGUGCUUGUCGACGUCGGCGGGGGCAAGGGCGGGGCCAUCAGGGCUAUCCACAGGGAAUUUCCGGCGCUGCCCAUCCACCGGUUCGUCCUCGAGGACAGGCCCGAGACGCUCGAGGCUGGGCUGGCGCUGGAGGAGCCUGAGCUGGCGGGUGUCCGGAGGGUGGCGCUGGACUUCCACAGGGGUCAGCCCGUCAAAGGGGCUUACACGUACUGGAUGCGCCGCUGCUUCCACAACUACUCGGACGAGGUGUCCAGGAACAUGCUGCGCAUCAUUGUGGAUGCCAUGGCUGAGGACAGCAGGCUCCUCGUACAGGAGGACGUGCUCGACAACCCGCCGCAUCAGUGGGCAGCCUACCUUGACUUCAUGAUGCUGGGCCUUGGCGGGAAACAGCGCACGCUGAAGAAUUGGGAGCAGCUCCUCGGGUCUGUCGGUCUCCGGAUUGCGAGUGUGACGAGAGGUGAAGGGCCGUGGAAGUCAUUGUCGGUUAUCGAAGCUGUCAAGAACUGA